UACUGAAUUGUUUCUUUUGGUUCGCAUGAUAGCUGUUUGUGAUGGAGGAUAAUCUGAGAACUAAUAAUACUUUUCAUAGAUUCACAUGGACAAUUCAAAAUCUCUCAGAGAGGAUAACCAAGGAACUACGCUCCAAGUCUUUUGAGGUUGGUAGCUGUAAAUGGCGAAUAGUUGUGAAUCAAGUUGAGAGAAACAGGGAGCAAUAUUUGCGAGUGAUUUUGAGGGUUGCAAAGACUUUAUUCCCCUUAAGAUGGAGAAAAUUUGCUCGUAUCAAGUUGAUUCUUAUUAAUCAGACGGAUCGAAACAUAUCUAUUGUAAGGGAGACGCAGCAGAGGUUCAAUGCCGGGUAUAAAGCCUGGGGUACACCAUUCGUGCAUCUCAAUGAGUUCUAUAAUCCUAUGAGAGGCUAUCUUGUGAACAACACAUGCAUCAUUGAAGCUGAACUAUACAUAUCUGAUGAUCCUUUUAACCCUCAAGACAACAAUGUCGCCCAAACCCUUGGAUUCCCAACGAAUAUGGAGGAAACCACGCAGCUUGGAGAUCAAGGAAUCGAUUCUUCGGAUGACACUUUAAGUUUCACAUCCCUUGAAUCUACAUGGAAUCAUGCAAGUCAAACACAUCUAGAAUUCCAAGAGAUGGAAGAUCAAGUAUCUGUAGGACCUUCAAAUGAAACAAAGAGUCCUACACAAGUGUGCUCUGUACCUGGUGCUCGUCCUUCGUAUCCUGCCACAGAUGAUGAACUUGAGGAAGUGCCCUUAUCCCCUGCUCUUAGUGAGAUUAUAGAUCUCAGAAGUUUAGAAGCAGAAGAUUUGGCUUUUGUUCCAUUAUUGGAGGAGGUGUGUUCAUGGAAACCUUCGCUAAUUGAGAGUCAAAGGAGAAGAACUUCAAGGUUCAUUCGCUGGGCAUUCAUAGCGUUGGGCCGAGUUUUAUAUUUUCUCAAGACAAUGAAGGUGAGAAAUAUGGGUGACGAAGGUACUUGUAGAAAGCUCCAAGGUAUGUGGGAGGAGCUUCAGAUGUUUGGGUUUGAAUUGACGUGGUUGGAGGUUCCUGUUCAAUCUGCCUUAGGCAUGAAAGCUUAUUUGGAAAGAGCAGAGCAAGUGAGAACACUAAAGGAGAAAGUGACCGAUUUAGAGAUUGAGAUGAAGAAGCUAAGGGAAAAUUUGGCUUUUGCAGAAGUUAACCUUGAUACAGAAAGGCAACACUUGGCAGAGGAAGAAAAGGGUUUUGAAGAGAUUGACAUGGAUGCUCAACUAGGCUAUGGCAUCUUUUAGAUGCUUUCUUAAAUAAUUUGCUUCUGAAUUAUUAGUGAGCACGAGGCCCAGAAAGAAGGCUUUGUCGUGUUA